AUGAAUCACCAGCAACCUCCAUACGGCGGCGGCGGCGGCGGCGGCGGCGGAUAUCCCGGCCAGGCCUACCGCCAGCAACACCCGCCUCCCCCUAACCCUUAUCCUUCCUACGGUCAGCCGCCGCCGCCUCAGCAGUACGGAUCGCAAUACCCUCCCAGCGGAUACAAUGCCCCUCCUCCGCAUUCAGGAUACGGCGGUCCCCCGCCCGGUGGUCCUCCGCCCGGUGGUCCUCCUCAGUACCAACGUCCUCCCCCAGCGAAUCCCUAUGGCGGCCACGGCCAUCAGGGUGGCCCGGCGCCUCCCCCGUCCACCCCCGUCGCUUUUGGACAUGGCGCGCCUCAAGGCUACAACUUCCAGUACUCGGCUUGUACGGGAAAGAGGAAGGCGCUUUUGAUCGGAAUCAACUAUUUCAACCAAAAGGGCCAACUGCGCGGGUGCAUUAACGAUGUGAAGAACAUGUCGACCUAUCUGAACCAGAACUUCGGCUAUGCUCGUGAAGACAUGGUGCUUCUGACCGACGACCAGCAAAACGCCAUGAGCCAGCCGACCAAGGCCAACAUUCUCCGCGCCAUGCACUGGUUGGUCAAGGACAACCAGCCGAACGACUCUCUCUUCUUCCACUAUUCCGGCCACGGAGGUCAGACUCCCGAUGUGGAUGGCGACGAAGACGACGGAUACGACGAGGUCAUCUACCCCGUGGACUUCCGCCAAGCAGGCCACAUCGUCGACGACGAGAUGCACCGCAUCAUGGUCAAGGCACUGCAGCCGGGAGUGCGGCUGACGGCGAUCUUCGACUCGUGCCACUCGGGCUCGGCCCUGGAUCUGCCCUACAUCUAUUCGACCCAGGGUGUGCUCAAGGAGCCCAACCUGGCCAAGGAAGCGGGCCAGGGCUUGCUGGGCGUGGUGUCGGCGUACGCGCGUGGCGACAUGGGCAGCAUGAUGUCGACGGCAAUGGGCUUCAUCAAGAAGGCGACCAAGGGCGACGAGGUCUACGAGCGCAACAAGGCGACCAAGACCAGUCCGGCCGACGUGAUCAUGUGGUCCGGCAGCCGGGACGACCAGACCAGCCAGGACGCGCGCAUUGCCGGCCAGGCGACGGGGGCCAUGUCGUGGGCGUUUAUCAGCGCGCUGCGCAAGAACCCGCAGCAGAGCUACGUGCAAUUGCUGAACAGCAUCCGCGACGAGUUGUCCAGCAAGUACAGCCAAAAGCCUCAGCUGAGCUCCAGUCACCCCGUGGAUGUCAACCUGCUUUAUGUGAUGUAA